AUGCGGUUGCACAGUGGGAUCAAGUGGAAGACUGUUGUGGAUGCUCUAAGGGAUUGUCCUGAUCCUUGGGAUUCCAGGGCUGCCCUGGUCUCAAGCCCUGGGGUUGAGGAUUUGGGAUGGGCUUCACGCAACCCCCAAAACCCCCGAGGCUCAUUGUUUACAGGGAUCUUCCCUGAUUUUUCCUUGUUUUGCCAAAUGUUGGACUCUUUUAUCACACCAGAUUCUGUUCAAAAUCUUCUCUCCCUCUCAAAGCCCCUUCUCAAACCCCGGGACCAUAGGACCCCGGCGAGCCCUGACCAAGCCUACUUAUGUGGCAUGUAG